AUGAGUAUGAAUCUCCGAGGCCCUUCAACACAGCGUUCCAGUCGUUCUCACCAAACUCGUUUGCCUCCUGGAGCAACAAGGCCAGCUAGCUCCACGGCUUCCCGACAUCCUUUUCCUAGCCUGGCGGCAGUCAUGGGUGCUCGAGAGAGACGAAACAUGCCAUGUCUCCACCCACGAAAGCUCAAUGGCGAAUACAGCUUUGGCCGGGAAUAA